AUGUCGGUCACUCUUGUUGAGCACAAAACAUUAAACACACAUUUGAAAGGAAAGUUCGUGAUCCAAAAAGAACACAACAAAAGUUUGAAUACCUUUAAGUGUGAUAUAGCAAUCAAGCAAGUAAAAGGUAGUGACUUUCCUCGGAGUUAUUACAAAUGUACUCAUCAGGCGUGUCCUGUCAAGAAGAAAGUCGAGGGAUCUGUUGAUGGACAAGUAACGAAAAUCAUUUACAAGGGUCAGCACAGUCACGAGCCUCCACAAAAUAAUAAGCGGGGUGGUGGGAACAACAACGGGAGUUGUAACAGUGUCAACAAGAGUCAAAGAGACCAGGAAACAAGUCAGGUUACAACAACAGAGCAGAUGUCUGAAGCAAGUGAUAGCGAGGAAGUUGGUAAUGCAGACACUAGUUUGGGAGGAACACACGAAGAUGAGCCUGAUCCCAAGAGAAGAAAUACAGAAGUCAGAGUUUCAGAAUCAGUUUCUUUAUCAAAUAGGACCGCGACAGAGCCUAGAAUCAUUGUCCAAACGAAGACUGAAGUUGAUCUCUUAGAUGAUGGAUAUAGAUGGCGUACGUAUGGUCAAAAAGUAGUCAAAGGGAAUCCUUAUCCAAGCUCUUUGUUGAGCUACUAUAAGUGUAUAACACCUGGAUGUAGGAAACAUGUAGUGCGAGAAGAAAAGGAACAACAUAUGAAGGGAAACAUAACCAUGACGUUCCAGCUGGUAGAACCAGCAGCCAUCAGUUAA